AUGCUAUUAAACAUCUCUUCUUCUCCAAUUUCUCAUCGAAAUCCUUACUUUCUCUCCAAUCUCAACAAUCCCACCUCAUAUCUCCCCCGCCGAUCCAAAACCCAUCUCUCAAAAUCUUACCUUUUCCCCAAUCUCUCUCCUUUAUCGAAACAGAGCCUCGAAAACAGAGUCUCCUUCGGAAACAAGAGGUGCCCAGAUGGAAAAGGGAACGACUUUAGGCCAAGAGCAAUCUCCGGGAUUGAUUUGGGAAGCUUCGAAUCCGUUCUAGAAGCUACCGCCGUUCUCACAGCGAUCAUCGUCGUCCACGAAUCCGGUCAUUUCCUCGCGGCUUAUCUUCAGGGGAUCCAUGUGAGUAAAUUCGCGAUUGGGUUUGGUCCGAUUCUAGCUAAAUUCGAUUUCAACAACGUCGAGUACUCGCUUAGGGCUUUUCCUCUAGGUGGGUUCGUUGGUUUCCCUGAUAACGAUCCCGAUAGUGACAUCCCAAUCGACGAUAAGAAUCUGCUCAAGAACAGACCAGUUCUAGAUAGAUCGAUUGUAGUCUCAGCUGGAAUCAUCGCCAAUGUGAUCUUCGCUUACGCCAUAAUCUUUGCUCAAGUGUUAUCUGUUGGUGUGCCUGUGCAAGAAGCGUUUCCUGGUGUUCUUGUUCCCGAAGUUAAAACCUUUUCCGCUGCUUCCCGUGAUGGAUUGCUUUCCGGUGACGUAAUCCUCGCCGUGGACGGCGUUGCGCUGUCUAAAACCGGCCCUGACGCUGUCUCUAAGGUUGUUGACAUUGUGAAAAGAAGCCCUAAGAGUAAUGUGUUGUUUAGAGUCGAGAGAGGGGAUAAAGAUUUCGAUGUUAGUGUAACGCCGGAUAAGAGCUUUGAUGGAACCGGGAAGAUCGGUGUUCAGUUGUCUCCGAAUGUUAGAAUCACUAAGGUGAGACCGAGGAACGUUUCGGAGACGUUUUUGUUCGCCGGGAAGGAGUUUAUGGGGCUAUCGUCUAAUGUCUUGGACGGUCUGAAGCAGACGUUCUUCAACUUCUCUCAGACGGCAGGUAAAGUGGCAGGUCCUGUGGCAAUCAUUGCGGUGGGAGCAGAAGUGGCGAGGUCAAAUAUCGACGGGCUUUACCAGUUUGCGGCGUUGUUGAAUAUCAAUCUUGCGGUGAUCAAUCUGUUGCCGUUACCGGCGCUUGACGGUGGGACGUUGGCGUUGAUAUUGUUGGAAGCGGUUAGAGGAGGGAAGAAGCUUCCUGUAGAGGUGGAACAAGGGAUAAUGUCUUCAGGGAUCAUGCUUGUGCUGUUCCUUGGAUUGUUUCUCAUUGUCAAGGACACACUUAGCCUUGAUUUCAUCAAAGAAAUGUUGUAG